UUUUUUUUGUGAAUAAAAUGAGAGCUGCUGCUCUUAAGAAGAAAUACACAGCCUAGAGUAGGCUACACCCACAGUAUCAUGUACAAGCCAAGCCAAGUACUUAACCCAUUAGGAGCUUCCUGGAGAUAGUGUGAACCAAGGGGUAACUGGCUGCCAUUGUAGAUAAAUAUUCUGCAGACCAGUAUUGCUGUUUUAUUUCUUAUUUAAUGGCAAAUGUUAUAUUUCUUUAAAAAGUAAAAUUUAUUAAUGAUAUCAAAAUCUUGAGAAUAUAGAUUACAGAGCCAUUGAAUAAAAAAUAAUAUUUCAUUGCUCAUAUAGAUUAAAUAUAAAAUUAACUAUCAUAGUUAAUAGGAUUUGCAGAUCUUUUAACAUACGAAAAGAACUCUUAUUUAUAGUAAUUACCAUUAGAAGAUUUGUUGGAGUACAGGAUGAGCAGAAAUAAAAUUUUCCCAUAAAAGCUACUUAAGAGUAAAUCAUAUAACCGCAAAAGAAAAAGAAAAAGAAAAACGGUUUUCAACUGUACCUAGUCAUGGUCACAUGGUCAGUUAAUAUUCAGUUAAAUCAAACAAAUCAUGAAGAUUCCGCUGAUCAGAAAACAUGAAAAGAGCAGCAACGGUAAAACACAUAUGGUUUGGGUAUUGGUAAUAUUUACAGUGUGACGAAGAGAAAGAGGCAUCUAAAAAAAAAAAAAAACCAGUUUCUAUCUCAUUUUCCAGAGAAAGAAAACGCAGUAAAGACUGAGAAAAUGAAAGUGGAGUGAAGGAAACAAGGAGAACGAAAAAACCCAUAAACAUAUGAUAGCAGCUAGCAAGAAGUGAAUAAGAGAGAGAGAGAGAGUAGAGAUGAGAAAAACUACAAUAUGGCUGGAGGCACAAGCUCUUAUCAAUAGUAAGAGCAGAAAGAGAAAGAGAUAUGAGAAAAACAAUAAUAAGAGCAAUGAAGUUAUUGAAGUGCCUGCAGAGAAGUUUUCAAUGACAGAAAUGAAGUCAAAGGGACAAAAGGUUGAUACUGCAAAAGAAGCUCCAAAGCAUAUAAAUACAGUUGAAAACAUUGAAACAGAAUCAUUUGAGAUGAAAGACAAUAUUGUGCUACGUCAGCUACUUAAACCGAGAUACUUUGAUCCUCCAAGUGAUUGCCGGGUGGCAUGCUCCUCUUGUGGGGAAGAAGGUUAUGUAGCAGUAAGAUGUAAGCUGCGAAACCAGAAGAAGCCGAGUUUUGUUUGUGGGAGUUCUGAGCACAUUUGGAGGCGUUGCAAACAGCAGAGGAGAAUCCUCCAGCUCGAGAAAGACCAAGAAAACCAAUCAAACCCUGAUACCUGUUUACGAUGCUGGGGUUCUGGGCAUGACAUGUUUUCAUGUAGGAGUGAUUCUUCACUUGAUGAUCUCAAGGAAAUACAAUGUUAUGUAUGCAGGAAAUUUGGUCAUCUGUGCUGUCCUGAUUUUCCAAAUUUGAGUCCAACAGAACUUUCUUGUUAUAACUGUGGAGAAUCCGGCCAUUUGGGUUCUGAAUGCAAAAACUUGUUUGAACCAAACAAUGGUUCAAAAGGAUCUAUUACCUGCUUCAAAUGUGGAGAACAAGGCCAUUUUGCAAAAGGUUGCAUUAAUAAUAUAAAGGUUCAUUGGCUCGCCUAUAAUUGCUUGAGUUUGGCUGGAGAAGAACUUUGGUUCUGCUGGUUUAGCAAAUUAUCAUGUAUUGAAAGUAUUCCUUGUUUGUUCUAUUGCAGGAUGAUGGGAAAGGAACAGAUGACUUCAGAAUAUCACAAUAGAAGGGAAAUUUUAAUGGGAUCUUAUUCUGCACCUCACGAUCUUACAUGGAAAUGAUAUGACUAAGGGCUUAUUUAGUUUUAGCAGUAGUGGUCAGAUUGUAAUCAUUAAUGAGGCUUA